AUGCUUCGAGUUGCCAGCGGUGGUAUCCGCAGCGCCAUUGCCACACGAUCAGUUUCGCUAACUGCAGCUAAUAGGUAUGUUAUAGGAAUUUUUGUUAUUUAUUGAAAACAAGUGACAUUUCAGUGAUGCUAAACGAUCUGAAAUUGCCAAAUACAAAGUUGUUGAUCAUGCUUAUGACGCAGUUGUAGUUGGAGCUGGUGGAGCAGGUCUUCGUGCUGCUAUGGGUCUUUCUGAAGGAGGUUUGAAAACCGCGGUUAUCACUAAAUUGUUCCCAACAAGAUCUCACACUGUCGCUGCGCAAGGAGGUAAUUAAAACAAAUUCUUAACGAUUUAUGAAUUCACAUUAUGAAAAACAUUUUAUUCAGGAAUUAACGCCGCGUUGGGAAACAUGAAUCCAGACAACUGGCGUUGGCAUUUCUAUGACACCGUCAAAGGUUCCGAUUGGCUUGGAGAUCAAGAUGCGAUUCAUUACAUGACUCGUGAAGCUGAAAGAGCUGUUAUUGAGCUCGAAAACUAUGGAAUGCCAUUCUCAAGAACCACUGAAGGAAAAAUCUAUCAACGUGCUUUUGGAGGGCAAUCCAAUGAUUUUGGAAGAGGAGGACAAGCUCAUAGAACUUGUUGUGUUGCUGAUCGUACUGGACACUCACUUCUUCAUACUUUGUACGGAGCUUCUCUUCAAUAUAAUUGCAAUUAUUUCGUCGAAUAUUUUGCUCUUGAUUUGAUUAUGGAGAAUGGUGCAUGUGUUGGUGUUAUUGCUAUGGAUCUUGAAGAUGGAACUAUUCAUAGAUUUAGAUCAAAGAACACUGUUUUGGCUACUGGUGGAUAUGGAAGAGCUUUCUUCUCAUGCACAUCUGCUCAUACUUGCACUGGAGAUGGUGAGUAUAUUGGUUAGAAUCCAUAAGUUAACUAUUAGUUGAACCGAAAUCUAGAAAACCUGUUCUUACAGUUUUUGAAAAUUGAAUUUUUGCAAAAAAUAUUUUCAAGGAAUUUAUUUCGAAAAAUUAAAUAAAUCCUGAUUUCACCAAGUAGAUGGACCUUUACAAAAAAUAUUUUCAGAAUUUAGAACUAGGGAAAUAGAUAAUGAAAUUAAUCUACAUAUUUUUGAGGCUCCAAUUUUUAGUUAAAAUAUAGGAGAAAAAAUCUCUAGCCAAAAAUUCACACAAACCUUAAAUUUUAGGUACCGCUCUCACUGCUAGAGCUGGAAUCAACAACUCUGACAUGGAGUUCGUUCAAUUCCAUCCAACUGGAAUCUACGGAGCCGGAUGUUUGAUUACCGAAGGAUCUCGUGGAGAAGGAGGUUUCUUGGUCAACUCUCAAGGAGAACGUUUCAUGGAACGUUACGCUCCAGUCGCCAAAGAUUUGGCUUCUCGUGAUGUUGUCUCUCGAUCAAUGACUGUUGAAAUCAUGGAAGGACGUGGUGUUGGACCAGAAAAAGAUCACAUCUACCUUCAACUUCACCAUUUGCCAGCUGAACAACUUCAACAAAGACUUCCAGGAAUUUCUGAGACUGCUAUGAUCUUCGCUGGUGUUGAUGUUACCAAAGAACCAAUUCCAGUUAUUCCAACUGUUCACUACAAUAUGGGAGGAGUUCCAACCAACUACAAGGGACAAGUUUUGAAUUAUUCGGAAGAAAAAGGAGAUCAAGUUGUGCCAGGACUUUAUGCUGCUGGAGAAUGUGGAGCUCACUCUGUUCACGGAGCUAACAGACUUGGAGCCAAUUCACUUCUUGAUUUGGUUAUUUUCGGACGUGCCUGUGCUAUCGAGUAAGUAAUUUAUGAGAAAUCAUAGGUUGGAGAAAAGGGGAUCAGAACAUUUGUGAAUUUAAUUAUUUUUAAUUGUUCCAAAGAACGUUUCAGGAAAUACUGAAAUUCUAAUUUUCCCCAAGAAACCCCACAAUCGAAUUCUUAUAGUAAUUAUCAAAAAAAGCAAUGUUUCUUUUUCAGCAUCUUGAAAAACACCACCCCAGGAGUCGGAGUCCCAGAUCUUCCAAAGAACGCUGGAGAAGCUUCAGUCGCCAAUGUCGACAAAUUGCGAUUCAACAAGGGAGACAUUUCAACUGCCGAACUUCGUUUGACAAUGCAAAAAGCUAUGCAAAAACACGCCGCUGUCUUCAGAAGAGGAGAUAUUCUUCAAGUAAGUUUUUUUCUUAAAAUGAACUCAUUUUCUUUGUGAAACUGAUAAAAACAAUAUUUCUUGUAGGAGGGAGUCAAAGUUCUUAGCAACCUUUACAAACAACAAGCCAACCUCAAAGUCGCUGAUAAGGGACUUGUCUGGAACUCGGAUCUUAUUGAAACUCUUGAACUCCAAAACUUGCUCAUCAACGCCACACAAACUAUCGUUGCCGCUGAAAACAGAAAGGAAUCUCGUGGAGCUCACGCUCGCGAUGAUUUCCCAGAUCGUCUUGAUGAAUUGGACUACAGUAAACCACUCGAAGGACAAACCAAGAAAGAAUUCAAGGAUCAUUGGCGCAAACACUCAAUCAUCAACUCGAAUGUUGAAACUGGAGAAGUCACUCUUAAAUAUCGUCCAGUUAUUGACACAACUCUUGAUAAAUCUGAAACCGAUUGGGUGCCACCAAAGGUCAGAUCUUAUUAA